ACUGCUGAAGGACUGAUCGCAAACCGCAGCCAUGAACGGCACAGAGGGCCCUAAUUUCUACGUCCCUAUGUCCAACGCCACUGGCGUUGUGAGGAGCCCCUUCGAAUACCCACAGUACUACCUAGCCGAACCAUGGGCUUUCUCUAUCCUGGCUGCCUACAUGUUCUUCCUGAUUAUCACUGGCUUCCCCAUCAACUUCCUCACCCUCUAUGUCACCAUCGAGCACAAGAAGCUGAGGACCCCCUUAAACUACAUCCUGCUGAACCUGGCUGUGGCCGACCUCUUCAUGGUCUUUGGCGGCUUCACCACCACGAUGUACACGUCCAUGCACGGCUACUUCGUCUUCGGCGAAACGGGCUGCAACCUUGAAGGAUACUUCGCCACCCUCGGCGGUGAGAUCUCGCUCUGGUCUCUAGUCGUCCUGGCUAUCGAGAGGUGGGUGGUCGUCUGCAAGCCGAUAAGCAACUUCCGAUUCGGCGAGAACCACGCCAUCAUGGGCUUGACGCUCACCUGGGUUAUGGCCAAUGCUUGUGCCAUGCCUCCCCUGUUCGGGUGGUCCAGAUACAUCCCGGAGGGCCUGCAGUGUUCAUGCGGAAUUGACUAUUACACCCUCAAGCCUGAAGUCAAUAACGAGUCUUUCGUCAUCUACAUGUUCUUGGUUCAUUUCACCAUUCCCCUCACCAUCAUCUCCUUCUGCUACGGCCGACUGGUCUGCGCCGUCAAAGAGGCCGCUGCCCAGCAACAGGAGUCCGAGACCACCCAGAGGGCCGAGCGGGAGGUCACACGCAUGGUCGUCAUCAUGGUCAUCUCCUUCCUGGUCUGUUGGAUCCCCUACGCAAGCGUGGCCUGGUACAUCUUCACUCACCAGGGGAGCACUUUUGGCCCUAUCUUCAUGACGGUCCCCUCCUUCUUUGCCAAGAGCUCGUCAAUCUACAACCCCAUGAUCUACAUCUGCAUGAACAAACAGUUCCGCAACUGCAUGAUCACCACCCUGUUCUGCGGCAAGAAUCCCUUCGAGGGCGAGGAGGAAGGGUCCACCACCAAGACCGAGGCCUCCGCGGUGUCCUCCGUGUCCCCCGCGUAA